CUUUUAACGUUAAAGUACUGUUUUAAUUAUUUUGAUAUAAACCACAAUAUCUACAAAUAUACAAAAAAGUCAGUGCUUCUUAUUUUCUGGACCAAGUUAUCAGAGGCUUUGACAUAAACUGAGAAUAAUUUUUAAUGGCCUCUUUAAACUUAAGAAAGGUGUUAUUGCCAAAAACUGUCUACUGUGUUUUGAGCCGUUUUUAAGACAAAUGUUUUCAGCAGAGUUCCACUUUGUCUUCUUUAAUUUAGGGAAGUUCCAAACUGAAAGUUAUAUUCAUAUGAAAUUUAUGUAGCCUGCAACUCCAUGUUCUCUUUAAAACUAGCUUAAUGACUCACAAAUUCCUUAAGUUAAUAAUGUAACUUUACAGAUGAUAACAAGCCAGGUGGAUGUUUUAUGUUCUAACAUUUCUGUGAUAUUGGCAGUUUUUCUUGUACUGCAGGAUAAAGGUCGCUAGUUGACCUUCGAGUAGUUUUUGGCUGUCGUGUGGCUUGGAAAUCCAAUGAACUGUUGUAGUAAUUUCCUGUGUAUUUGGCUGGCUACUCACACAACUCACAGAGCUUGUUGUGUUUGUCCCAGACAUUUAAGCGUGCAUUUCUCUGGUCAUGUCCACAUCUGCUAGCACAAAACAGGAAAAACAAUUUACAAUACGCACUCAUAUUCCAAAAACAGUGUCAUCUUUCAUUUUUGUUCAGCUCAACAAGACCCGUUUAGUUUGGUUCACCUUUAUAACACCAUGAUGUUAGCAGCCACAUUCCACUCCACUUACAUGAGGUCUGCUAAGGAGGAAACCACAGUUAACAGCUGUGGUCAAGACCAAGUCUGACACGAUGCCAGGACAAAUCCCAGAUCCCUCUGUGACAGCAGGCUCCCUGCCCAGUCUAGGCCCACUGGCUGGGAUCUCAGCCACCACACUGACUGACAAGCUCAAAUUUGGCGACCUCCAGGAGUUUGGGACAAUGCUGUCACCCCUGCAUUUCCUGGACAGUCUGGGGAAGAGGCCUCUAGUUAUCAAAACAGAGAAAGAUGAAGAGGAAGAGAGGAGGAAACGAAGGCGAGAGAAAAACAAAGUGGCUGCAGCUCGAUGUCGGAACAAAAAGAAAGAGAGGACAGACUAUCUACAAAAGGAGUCAGAAAGACUAGAGAUGUUAAACUCUGACCUUAAAACACAGAUUGAGGAGCUGAAGCUUGAGAGACAGCAGUUGAUCCUCUUGCUUAACCGUCACCGACCCACAUGUAUUGUCAGGACAGACAGUAUCAAAACCCCGGACAGCGAGGUGAACCCUCUCCUGCAGCAGCUGGAGGCCAAGUGAAAGAACAACAUCCUACAGUUUGCUCUUGAGAAGACGUAGCAACAACUAACAGCACUUACAGUAGGUUCGGAUCUUGGUCAUGGAGGAGAACCAGUCAGUCCCUCCUGACCUGAAACACAGAACGCUACACCACAAGUAGUGGAUCCAGUGACACUGUUCUGGCACUUCAUCAACCUUGUCUUUCUACUUUCCCCUUUUUUUGUUGUUGGGUCUUCGGGGAUCUGUCUACAAUCUGUAUGAUGAUAAACUCAAAGCUUUUGGGAAAAUUGAAUUCCUUACUGUUAAGCUAUUGUUUUAUGGUGGAUUUCUACUGUUCUUAAAACAAAGAAUUAGCCAGUGAAGGAUUAACUCAAUGUAUUUCCAGAAAGAAUUUCAAAUGCCAAAAGCAUAACUGGUUCAUGUGAACUCAGUCUUUUCAGUGAUUUUGCUUUUUUACAGUCUUUAAAAUGUUUGAGAUGUUUGUUUUUUCAACAUUUCAAUAACUGUAAAACUAUAUAUAUAUAUACAAACUAACUGAUGAUAUAAGAAACUGUAUGAGUUAUAAAGACAAAGAUUUAGCAGUUUUAAAAGCAUGUAACAUGCAUCUACAGACAGAAUGAUUUUCUCACAAAUGAUUUUCUUGUCAAUUUGGUCAUUUCAUGUAUUGGGUGGCAGAACAGCUGCACCCCUUUUUUUCUGUGUAUCAUUGUAUUGGCGCAGGCGUCAUUUAUGCAGACAUUAUAUAUAUAUAUAUAUAUAUAUAUAUAUAUAUAUAUAUAUAUAUAUAUAUAUAUGGAGUGUGUUUACUUUGUACUUUUUUCUGUUACUAUAUUGUCACAACAUUGUAUGUUUACUUUUUUCAAAUACUUUUGUAUAUGAUGUUAUAU